ACACAACUUUCCAGUUCUCUCCCCUCACGCUGCUAAAAUCCCCUCUUCUUCCCCCUUUUUGUUCGUUAGUACUUAGUAGUAUAGAGAAACAGAGAUACUCUCUGACUCUGUACUUCAUCGCCGGUAGAUAGCUAAUUCUCAUUCCGAUUCCGACGUUUUGUGCUUCACCAAAUACAUUGAUGGUGCACAAGAAGCGGACAGUCGCUCCUCGUCCCAAACAGUCCGCUGUCACCGAAGAUGCGGCGAUUCCGUUGCUUGAAUCGGAACAAAACCUAGUUUCAGUGUGUACAUCAGUUCAGAAGAAACUUUCGAGAAAAAAUGACACUUCGGCUGUUGUUGAAGGUGAAACGAAUGCCUUAUCAGCUUCAAUAAAGCUUGGAUGUGAGCGUGUCCUAUCAUCCCUGCGCAGGGGGAACCAUACCAAAGCCCUAAGAUUUAUAAAGGAAUUGGCAAGCAAGCAUGAAAACUCGCCUCAUGCACCUCUUAUUCAUCGUGUCCAGGGCUCUGUUUGUGCUAAAAUGGCCUCCAUGAUUGAUGAUCCCAAUGCUAAACAUAGACAUUUGAAGAAUGCCAUUGAGAGUGCCAGGAAAGCUGUAUCACUGUCUCCAAAUUCGAUUGAGUUUGCACAUUUCUAUGCUAGUUUGUUGUAUGAGGCUGCAAAUGAGGGGAAGGAAUAUGAGGAAGUUGUGCAGGAGUGUGAAAAGGCAUUGGCAAUUGAGAACCCCAUAGAUCCUGCAAAACAGAACUUACAGGAGGAAAGUCAACAGAAGGAUGAGACUCCUAAUGCUCGGAUUGACCAUGUACGGAUUGAACUCCAAAGUUUAAUUCAGAAGUCGAACUUUGCAUCCAUUUCUGCUUGGGUGAAUCAAAUAGGCAAUGGUGAGGAAAAAAUCCGGUUGAUCCCGAUUAGGAGGGUGCCAGAGGAGAUGAGGUUGGUUCAAGCAAGAAGGCCAAUUGAGAUUAAAAAGGUGACUAAGAUGCCUGAAGAGAGGAGGAAGGAGAUUGAGGUCCGAGUGGCUGCUGCAAGGCUGUUGCAAAAGAAGUCUGAAACAGUCCAAACGCACAAAGAUGGAGAUAAAGCUCUGGAUCUGACAACAGGAUCAGCGCAGAGAAUUGGUGAGAGGAGGAAAAGCAGAAAUGCAAGGAAAAACUCGUCUUCCACAGAGAGAAGGGAUAGGGUGCAGUCUUAUUGGAACUCCUUGACUUUGGAUAAGAAGAAAGAGUUGCUUAGAAUUAAAAUUUCAGAUCUUAAGGCUUAUUUAAGUGCGUCAAAAGACGGAUUGGCUAUUGAAGUGCUAUCUGAGGCUCUAUCAUUAUAUGAAACCAAUAAAGAUUGGAAGUUUUGGACAUGUUAUCGCUGCAACGAAAAAUUUACUGACUCUGUAUCACACAACUAUCAUGUUGUGCAUGAGCACAUUGGAACUUUGCAUCCUAAAUUGCAGUCCGUAUUGCCUCAGAAUGUGGAGAACGAGUGGGCUGAGAUGCUUCUGAACUGUUCCUGGGAACCCUUAGAUGGUUGUGCGGCUGCGAAGAUGCUUGAUAAACAAUCAAGAUCUCAAGAACAGGGUUUUCUUGAUGAAAAGCACCAAAGAGAUAACACAGAAGAGUCUAAGUAUGGCUUUUCUGAGGUUUUCUGCAAUGAAGACAAAUUGGAUUCAUCACCUAGAAAUAAGAAAUUUGGGGAUAUACCUAACAGUGAUACAGUUGAAAGCAGAGUACAUGAUAAGAUCUCAGACAUUGAGUUGAUGGAUUGUGAUAGGAAUUAUGGUACUAAGAAUGGUUUCCUUCCUGACAAGUGGCCACUAUCUGAUGAUCCCGACCGAGCAAAUCUUCUUGAAAGAAUUUCUGCUGUAUUCCAGACGCUUAUUGAAAGUAAAUAUCUUGCUUCAAGUCACCUCAGCAAGGUUAUUGAUUUUGCAGUGGAAGAGCUUCAGGGUCUUACUUUUGGCUCUCAGCUUCUUAGCUACAAUGUUGAUCAAACUCCCUUAUGUAUAUGCUUUCUAGGUGCCGAGGAACUAAAAAAUGUGCUAAAGUUUCUGCAAGAUCUUUCGUAUUCUUGUGGCUUAGGUAGGUAUUCCGAGAAAACUAGUUCUCGAGAUGGAGCAAACAAUGCUAGUCAAGGAUUUGACGAUCUGGAGAAAUUAAUUGUCAGUGAAGAUGGUUCAUGUUUAUUGUUUGAUGAACGUUUCCUGCCGUGCAAUCUUGCUCGAAGCACAUGUCCAGAUAUAAUUUCUAUUGACAGAACUGCAUAUGUUUUGUCUAGUAAUCAGUACCAGAAUGAGGCUGAACUUGAUCCAGAGGCAUUUUUGUCCUGGAUAUUCACUGAUCCAUCAAGUGUAGAACAAUUGGCAUCCUGGACAUGUGCAAGAGAAGAGAAAGCACAACAAGAUAUAGAAAUUUUUCGUUUUCUUGAGCUUGAGAAGGAGUUUUAUGACCUGCAAUGUUUAUGUGAGAGAAAAAUUGAACAUUUAAAUUAUGAGGAAGCACUGCUGGCAAUUGAAGUAAUUUGUUUAAAAGGGGGUAGGAGAAGAGAUCAUGGAACUGAAAUUGUUGGACGAAGUUAUGAUUCUCUUUUGCGAAAGCGGCGAGAAGAUCUCAUAGAAAGUGACAAUGAUGUUACAGUUAUCGGCAAUAGGCUUGAGUUGAAUGCUAUAUCAAAUGUUCUGAAGGAAGCAGAGUCUCUCAAUGCCAAUCGGUUUGGUUUUGAGGAAACUUAUAGUGGUGGAACAUCUCAACUAUGUGACAUCGAAUCAAGUAAAGAGGAUGACUGGAGACUGAAGGACUACCUUCAUCAAGUGGACUCUUGUGUGGAAGUUGCACUACAGAGACAGAAGGAACGUGUCUCCAUUGAGCUGAGUAAAGUAGAUGCUCGAAUCAUGCGAGUGGUUGCUGGGAUGCAGCAGCUGAGAGUAGAGAUUGAGCAUGCAUGUGCCCAGGAUCACCGGAGGAUUUUAGUGACUCUGUUGAAAUCAUAUAUCCGGGCACAUCUGGAGGAUCUGGCUGAGAAGGAUGCUACCAAGAAGUCUGAUGCUGCCAGUGAAGCACUUUUGGCUGAACUUGCUCAUGAUUCCAAGAAUAGUUCUGGUGGAGGCAAUGGUUGUUCUAAGCAUACACAUGAGAAAAUUAAAGAUAAGAAAAAAAGCAAAGAGUAUCGGAAAGCCAAGGGUUCAAAGCCGACUAGUGGCAGCAACGAACUGCAUUUGCAUCGACAUCAGACUAUGGAAGAUGUUUCAUUUGCAGUUACUCAUGAUGGAGAGAAUCAAGGUGAUAAAACUGCUGGAAAUGGUGAUUCCUUGAAUGAACAGGAGUAUAGACGUACUAUUGAACUCGAAGCUGAGGAAAGAAAGCUUGAAGAAACUUUGGAAUAUCAAAGACAAAUGGAGAAUGACGCUAAACUGAAGCAUCUGGCCGAGCAAACUAAGAGAACUGCAAAAACAUGUUUAGGGAGUAUUGAUACAGUUAUGAAGUCUGAAACUUGCUCAAAGUGCAGUGAUGAGCAAUUGAAGAUUAGUAAGAAGAUGAACAAAUUUCCGGACAGUUCACGAAGUCUUUCAAAAAUCAAUGCUGAAGGAAUGACACACAAAACUGUAAGUGUGGAUGAGAGUGGUCUGGUAUCUACUCAACGCUCUGGAAGGAGAGGAUGCCAGCACGAUUCUAAGCUUAUUGAUGGGAAUUUUCCAUCUGCUUCUGAUGAAAAGGAAAACACUGAAGUUGGUGAACCAAGAGCUCUGCAUUCUUCACAUGGAAAUAGUGUUCCAGCAGAUAGUGGAACAAAGACAUUGAGACAGCUACAUGUGGAGGAUGAUGAUGAAGAGAGGUUCCAAGCUGACCUUCAGAAGGCUGUUCGGCAAAGCCUUGACAUGUUCCAUGCACAUAAGAAGUUGCCUUUGCUGCCUAGUCCAGGGAACGAACAAAAGGUGUUUCCCAAGGCUGGGACUUUGGGCAAUGCAAAUAGUUUUGAAGAUGUAAAUAAAAUGGAUGCAUAUGGCAGUGGGCUAAAGAAUGAAGUUGGGGAAUAUAAUUGCUUUCUUAAUGUCAUCAUACAGUCGUUGUGGCAUGUAAGAAGAUUUCGAGAUGAAUUCCUGAGAACAUCAUCCGAACAUGUUCAUGUUGGUGAUCCAUGUGUGAUAUGUGCUUUGUACGACAUAUUUACUGCUUUGAGCACUGCUUCAACUGAAACAUGCAGAAAGACGGUUGAUCCUACUUCUUUGAGAAUUUCCCUCAGCAACCUGUAUCCUGAUAGUAAUUUUUUCCAGGAGGGUCAGAUGAAUGAUGCAUCUGAAGUGCUGGGUGUUAUAUUUGAUUCUCUACAUCGGUCGUUUACAUCAGCUUCAGGUAUUUCUGAUACUGAAUCUGCAGAUAGUAGCUGCAUGGGCACGUGGGAUUGUUCAAAUGGUGCUUGUAUUGUACAUUCUCUUUUCGGGAUGGACACAUUUGAACAAAUGGUUUGCUACAAUUGUGGAUUGGAGUCCAGACAUCUGAAGUAUACAUCUUUCUUUCACAAUGUUAAUGCCAGUGCCCUCCGUACAAUCAAGGUUGUGUCCCCAGAAAGCUCCUUUGAUGCGCUUCUGAAUCUUGUUGAGAUGAACCAUCAGUUGUCUUGUAAUUCUGAGGUUGGUGGAUGUGGGAAGCUUAACUACAUCCAUCAUAUUCUCUCUACUCCACCGCAUGUGUUUACAACAGUUUUAGGCUGGCAAAAUACUUGUGAGAGUGUAGGUGACAUAACAGCAACAUUAUCAGCUUUUUCUACUGAGGUGGACAUAGGUGUACUUUAUCAUGGUCUAGCUCCUAAAAACAAACAUUGCUUGAUUUCAAUGGUUUGCUAUUAUGGGCAGCAUUAUCACUGUUUUGCCUACAAUUGUGAUCAUGGGCAGUGGGUUAUGUAUGACGACAAAACUGUGAAGGUAAUUGGUGGCUGGGAUGAUGUUCUUGUUAUGUGUGAAAGAGGGCAUUUGCAACCACAAGUCCUUUUCUUUGAAGCUGUAAAGUAGUUUGACUUGGAAAAGAUGCAAACACAUUGAUCUGACCUGCAUGUUCUGUAUUGAUGGAGCAAAAAAGGUCGCAAAUUCAUACUCUGGAAAAUAUAGGUGUACAAACCCUAGUUGUAGUAUACAAACAAGUUGUCUUGAUGAAGAGAGAAAAGGAGUCAGUUGUGUGCAGACAGUUUUCAUAGAUCUGUCUCAUGAUUGGAGGACGUCAUAUUAUAGAAAAACAAGUAUAGUUCUGAUGCCUUGAUAUACCUGGAUAUACUGUUGGCAGAAACAAGUUUUUGCAUCUGCCAAUUCUCUAAAAAAUUUGGAUCCUUACAAUGAGGUGGCAUGGUUGAGUAUAGUGAAACUUUUGACUUUCCAAUGGAAGCAAUGUACCUUGUACGUGAUAUUGCUUCUGUACAAUGGAAAUGCUAGGAUAUUUGCAUCUUGUAUCCAUUUUCAGUGUAAGGAAGUUGUAUGAAUUGUCGUAGUAGUGGUACAGUCUAUAGUAAGUCAAAUACCUCCCUUUGUGGGAAGUAAAUUGAGUUCUGUAGAAUUGAUGGGGAUUUUGUGCAUGAGACGAUUACAAUGAAAUGAAAGAAAAAUUGCUAUUG